AUGGAUGGAUUGAAUGUCUCCAUUGCUUUUUUCUUCCUGGUUUUUGGGCUGUGCCAGGUGCUCAGGUGGCUUUCCAAGAGGCUUCUGUCCCCGGGGAUACAUGGCUGCCUUGCCAGGGAAUUUGCUGGCUCAUUCCAGCUGUGCAUGAGCUGCCUGGAGCUGAGGAUGCUGAUGGACAUCGGCCCCUGGGGUGGUGGCUUUGGCCUGGACGUGGUCCUGACCCUCCUCUUCCUCCUCUCUGCUGUCCACGGCGCCUCUUUGGACGGAGCAUCCGCCAACCCAACGGUGUCCCUGCAGGAGUUCCUGCUCCUGGAGUGCAGCCUGGCAGCCACGGGGGCCAAGCUGCUGGCCCAGGGUGUGGGUGCAGGGACGGGCUGGGCUCUCACCCGGCUCUACUGGUCCUGGGAGCUCACACAGCUGCACUUCAUCCAGAACCUGAUCGCUCCCGAGUGCAGCUCCUCCAUCCAUGCCUCCCUGCCCCACGCUGCCUUCGUGGAGGGCUCCUGCUCCCUCCUGUUCCACCUCAUCCUCCUCAAGCUGCGACAGAGUCACCCCCUGUACCGGGUCCCUGCGCUGGCAGCCACUGUCACCUUCCUGACCUACACAGCUGGACCAUACACGGGGGCCUUCUUCAACCCUGCCCUGGCCACAGCCAGCACCUUCCACUGCUCGGGGAGCAGCUUCUGGGACUACAUCCAGGUCUACUGGCUGGGGCCCCUCGCAGGGAUGCUCGCUGCCCUCCUGCUGUUCCAGGGCAACAUCCCACGCCUCUUCCAGAAAAACCUCCUCUACAGCCAGAAGAGCAAGUACAAGGUGCCCAAGGCAAAGGUGACAGUGCAGGUGGAGGGGGACAAACCACCGAAGAAGAGGAAAGGGGGGAAGAGCAACUCGGAGCCCCGUGCCUGA